AUGGCCAAGUUUAGACCAGCUAUAAAUUUGGAAGAAGCAGGCGACGCAAACACGGGAGACUUUCGAAUUCCUUUGCAGCCGAAUGCUCCACAAACAGAUUCGCAGUCAGAACGGGAUUCGCCGCCGAUCAUACCGACUUCGAACCGGCCCACCCAUGCCUCUGAAAAACAGGACGAACAAAGGCAACAAGCUGAGAGAGAUCAGCAAACCGACGAGUCGCUCAGCCAUGACGAGUUUGGGCCUCGUGAAAUUCUUCAAGCAUUCGCGCAGCUUAUGCAAGCCCAAGACGCGGUGGCACAUCUUGCUAAGGGUACGUUCUGGCCAGAAUGUACACAGCUUGCGUCUUACAUAAAGGAUGUGUACGUUAGCCUCACGGGAGAUCAGCCGCAUGUAAGUUCGACGAAGGACUUCAAGUACAUACCCCUGCUUCUUGAGUUUCUUCACCGAAAUGAUGAGAAGCGCGAAGAUGUGGUACGAAGCGGUGUGCUAGAGGCACUCAGUCAACACACCAAGAAGAAUGGUGGAAAGCACCUCCAAAGAGUGAAGGACAUCAGCGGCGUGAAUCGGAAGGGAAACUUAUGA